AAGAAUUUGGAGAUAAAAAAAAAUUCAGUGACCUUCCUCUUCCUGCGUCUCUACCCCUCUCUCACUCACUAUAUAUAUGAUACCACUCUUCUCAUUGACCAUAAAUACACUCAUAAAAUACAACUCUACAACUCAAAAUGGCCACAAUGAAAAAUAUUGUUUUUUCUCUUUUCAUACAUGUCCUCCUAGCCCUCUCGGUUUCAGGACGACCGGCCUCUUUUGUGCAGGACUUCAGAGUUACCUGGGCUGAUUGGCAUGUCAGACAAAUCGAUGCAGGGAGGGCCAUCCAACUAGCUCUAGACCGAAACUCAGGUUGUGGGUUUGUCUCCAAGAGCCAAUACUUGUUCGGACGUGUUAGCAUGAAGAUCAAGCUCAUUGCUGGUGACUCUGCAGGGACUGUCACUGCCUUCUACAUGAAUUCGAACACGGAUAAUGUAAGGGAUGAGUUGGAUUUUGAAUUCUUGGGGAAUAGGACAGGACAGCCGUACACAGUCCAAACAAAUGUGUAUGCACAUGGAAAGGGAGAUAGGGAGCAAAGGGUCAACCUUUGGUUCGAUCCGGCCGCUGAUUUCCACACUUACUCAAUCUUCUGGAACCAUUAUCAUGUUGUGUUUUCGGUGGAUGACAUACCCAUCAGGGUGUACAAGAACAAUGAAGCUAGAGGAAUCCCAUUCCCAAAGUUCCAACCCAUGGGAAUCUACUCUUCACUCUGGGAAGCUGAUAAUUGGGCAACAAGAGGCGGGCUUGAGAAGAUCGAUUGGAGCAAAGCCCCUUUCUAUGCCUACUACAAGGACUUCGACAUCGUGGGCUGCCCAGUCCCAGGACCCUCUACUUGUGCUUCUAACCCAUCCAACUGGUGGGAGGGUGCUGCUUACAAACAACUUAACCCCAUCCAAGCUCGAAGUUACAGGUGGGUCCGCAUAAACCACAUGAUCUACGACUACUGCACCGACAAAUCCCGGUACCCGGUUACCCCACCUGAAUGUAUAGAGGGGAUCUAAAAUCUCCGUUGUCACAUAUAUUCGAAUACCAUUCGAAUAACUGAAAUGUUAUGUAUUCAAAAAAAAAAUAUUUGAAAAAAUAUUCAAAAUUUAUAUGUAUGCCAUAGAUUUGAACUAACUUGAACAAAUCUCGUCGGCAUAUUUUAGUUUUUGAAUAUUUAUCUCUUUUUUUUUGGUUUUUGGGCUCUUAGCAAUAUAUUGAUAUACAUGUAUGGUAUUUGUUCAUAUUUGCUUACAUGCCCCUAUACAGAACUGGUUUGUGUAUUGGAAGCCAUGCACAUGCAUGUAUAGAGGGAAUAAAAAAUUGUUUUCAUGUUCAUAAUAGAAAAUCUAAAGUGUGUGAGAAAAGGAGUGGACAAAAAGCCAAUGUUAACUUGUGGCUGUAUAUGUAGUAUCUGUAUUAUUUGUUGCACAUUUUAUGUGCCAAUAAUAUGCUUUUAAAUGAUUGUGAAAA